CUUUAUUUUUUUUAGCUUGCGGAGGUCGGGUAUGGGAGAGGCAUCUCGCCAGCGAGGAAGUCCAAGGAUCGAAGCUUUCUCCGGAAGGAAAGGAGCAGUCAAAGAUAGCGUUUUCCUCUCUUUUUCUGCGAUCUUUGAGGGAGUUCGGGGCUCGCCUUAUUAAUGCCUCAGAGUGCGAGCGAGGGAGGGGUGAGAUCUUAGAGGUGUGGGGAUUUUUCCCCCGGUCUUCGGGGUUCUUCCCUCGUUCUAGCUUUGUUCUUGUGUUUUUGUAUUGGAGGGGAGGGAAGGUGAUGCGUUGGAGACAAUGUCGGGUUCGCCUUCCUUGUCCGCAGAGAAGAAGCGCUGGUGGCUGAGCAAUAGGAAGAUCGUCGACAAGUACGUCCGAGACGCCCGAUCCCUCAUCGCGACGCAGGAGCCGUCCGAUGUCUCGGCCGCCGUGGCCCUCCUCGACGCCGCCCUCGCCCUCUCCCCGCGCCUCGAGGUGGCGCUCGAGCUCAAGGCUCGCUCCCUCCUCUUCCUCCGCCGCUACCGGGAGGUGGCGGACAUGCUCCAGGACUACAUCCCUAGCUACAAGGUGGCCCCCGACUCCUCCUCCUCCUCCCUCGGCUCCUCGGCCGUCGACCACUCCACCUCGCAAACCCUCUCCCGCGAGCGCGCCAAUCUCCUCUCCCCCGACCGCGAGCGCUCCGACGGCGGUCGCUCGUUCCGCUGCUUCUCCAUCUCCGAUCUCAAGCGCAAGUUCCUCGCUAGCCUCUCCAAGAGCUGCGAGAAGGAAGACCAGUGGAGGUAUUUGGUUUUGGGCCAAGCCUGCUGCCAUUUGGGCCUAAUGGAAGAUGCGAUGGUCCUCCUCCAGACCGGUCGCCGCCUCGCCUCCGCCGCCUUCCGUCGCGAGAGCGUUUGCUGGUCCGACGACAGCUUCACCUUCUCCACCGCCGCCGGCGCCGCCUCCUCCUCCGCCAACCCUCCUGGACCUCCCACUGCUCCACCGUCCGAGUCCGAGUCCGCCUCCCACCUUUUGACUCAUAUCAAGCUCCUCCUCCGCCGCCGCGCCGCCGCGCUGGCCGCCCUCGACGCCGGAAUCCCCGCCGAGGCCAUCCGCCACUUCUCCAAGAUCCUCGACAGCCGCCGCGGCGUCCCCCACGCGUUCGCCGGCGCCUGCUUCAUCGGCCGCGCCGCCGCCUACCGCGCCGCCGGCCGCCUCGCCGAGGCCAUCGCCGACUGCAACCGCGCUCUCGCCCUCGACCUGACGUCCAUCCCGGCCCUCCGUGCCCGCGCCGACCUCUUCGAGGCUGUCCGCUCUCUCCCCGAUUGCCUCCGCGACCUCGACCAUCUCAAGCUCCUCUACGAUUCCAUUCUCCGGGACCGCAAGCUCCCGGGUCCACCGUGGAGGCCCCACCAUGAUGUGCGGUACCGCGACGUCCCAGCCAGCCACCGGGCUCUCAAUGCUCGAAUCCACCAGCUCCGAGCUCGGGUGGCGGCGGGGGAAGUCUCCGAUGUGGACUACUACGCCUUAAUUGGCGUCCGGCGGGGUUGCACCCGAUCGGAAUUGGAGCGUGCCCACCUGUUACUCUCAUUGAAACACAAGCCCGAUAAGGCGGGGGCGUUCGUCGAUCGGUUGGAGUUUGCCGACGACCACCGGGAUUUGGAUGCAGUGAGGGACCAGUCUAGGAUGUCGGCAUUGAUACUCUACAGGCUGUUGCAAAAGGGGUACGCUAGAAUUAUGGCGGCGGUGAUGGAUGAAGAGGCCAACGAGAAGCAGAGGGCGAAGGAGGCGGCGACGGCGGCGGCGGCGGCAGCGGCAGCGACUGCCGUGGCGGUUCAAGCAGCAGCAGCGACAGCAGGGGUGCUGGGGUCCGAGAAGGCGAAGGUGGACAGGGUUUUGGGGUCGAAGGGGUGCGGGGUCCGUGGGGAGAAGUCGGCGGCGGUGUCGGCGUUCCAAGGGGUGUUCUGCCGGGACUUGGCGGUGGUGGGGAGCUUGCUGUCGCAAGUGGGUCUCAAUAGGGCGAUCCCGGUGAAGUAUGAGGCGCUGAGCUGCUGAAGGAUGUGGGGGAUGGCGCCAUGGCGGGAAGGGAGCAGAGGGGAAUGGAUUUAGAAUGGUUGUGGGGGGGAUGGAAGGGAAAUUUUGUCCAAGUCUAUUGUUGUUACAGUGCAGCUAGCUUUCUUUGGUUUCUGUAGUUAGUUUUGCUCUUCUUCUGUCUAUGGAUUCUAUUGUUGCCAUAAUCUCUCAGUGCAUGUACAGUGAAGGUCUCUAUGAAUGUCCAGCCUCCAUGGCGUACUAUGUUGUUAGAAAUAUUAAUGCUUUGUUGAUAUC